AAAGCAAAGAGGAGAAAUAUUAAUGGGGUGACGCAAUUAGCCAUUCAGGUUCUGGGAAUUAUAGCAGCAGCGACUGUCAUCUUUUAUGUUAUUAGCUUUGCUAAGCUAAGACAGAAAUCAUUUAGAGAUUUAGAAGAGAAAUGGUGGAUUUUGGAUCUGAAAUAAGAAGAAAAAAAGAUCGAUUCAUUGUUGCAGUCAACCAUAUGUUGUAGUCUUUUUCUUUGGAAUUGAAUUGAUCGUAUCGUCUUUGUUUGAAUUGAAUUUAAAUUGAUUUGGGUGGUGAAGAAAGGAAAAGAAGCAAAUCUUAAAGCAUGCCUAGAGGGAGAGGAGAGAGAGAGGAUGGAGAGACGCACAUGGGUUUGCUGAAACUGGUUCAGGUUCUGUCAUUUUUGGUGGUUUUCGUGGCGGGGGUUAUCAUCGGCUUAGCCACCAGCUCUCACAUAACCACCUAUUUCUCUUCCCAAGCGCAGCUUUUUUCGACGUCCACAGCCACGUCUUUUCGAGUGUCCAGCACCAAAGCCAAUUGCAGCCAAACCUCAUGCCAGAAACUUGAUUGCCUAAGCAUGGACACCUUCCUUCAUCCAACCAAUUUGACCCAUAAAAUGUCGGAUGCUGAGUUGUUUUGGAGAGCUUCAAUGACGCCUUACAAAAACGAGUACCCAUUUCUGAGGGUGCCAAAGGUGGCCUUCAUGUUUCUUACCAGAGGGCCUCUGCCUAUGCUUCCUUUGUGGGAGAGGUUCUUUAAAGGCCAUGAAAGUUAUUUCUCCAUUUAUCUCCACACUCCUCCGGCCUUUCACGUCAAUGUCUCCUCUCACUCUCCUUUCUAUGCAAGACAGAUCCCUAGUCAGCAUGUGGAAUGGGGGACUGUUUCACUGGCUGAUGCAGAGAGGCGCCUACUAGCCAAUGCGCUGCUUGACUUCUCAAAUGAGCGAUUUGUACUUCUUUCCGAGAGCUGCAUCCCUGUCUAUAACUUCCCAACUGUGUACAAGUAUCUCAUUGGUUCAACCUACAGUUUCGUGGAGUCAUAUGAUGAGCCCUCCCGCUAUGGUCGUGGUCGCUACAACCGCAAGAUGCUUCCUGACAUCAAGCUCUAUCAAUGGCGAAAAGGAUCCCAAUGGUUUGAGAUGCACCGUUCAGUUGCCAUUUACAUUAUCUCGGACACCAAGUACUACGCCCUUUUCAAGAAGUAUUGUAGGCCUGCCUGCUAUCCAGACGAGCAUUACAUUCCAACUUUCUUGAACAUGUUCCAUGGAUCAUUAAAUGCAAACCGGAGUGUGACUUGGGUUGAUUGGUCAAUGGGGGGGCCUCAUCCAGCAAUGCAUGAGGGAGCUAACAUCACUGAGGGCUUUAUACAAGCCAUAAGGAAUAACGGAACACUUUGUUCAUAUAAUGAGGAGCAAACAUCCGUGUGUUAUCUCUUUGCUCGAAAGUUUGCUCCUAGUGCAUUGGAGCCUUUGCUAAACCUCAGCUUGACUGUGAUGGAGUUUUGAGAGAAUAAUUAGGCAAUGAUUGAGAUUCUUUUUUCCACCUUGAGUUAUUCAUUUUUGACGUUUCUAGAUCCUUACAGGGCCUCUAUCUUAGUCAUCCUAUUUUGAUAUUUACUUUGGCUCAAAUGUACAGAUAGAUUCAGCAAGAAAAUUGCUUUCUGUUGCAAAAAUUUUGGAGGAUAAUAGAUUUUUUUUUUUUUUGU